UGAUAAUGAUGAUAUUAUUAGCUCUGAUGAGGACGAACAAAAAGGGGAAAUUGAGGAGUUGGAAUUAAGAAAACGUCUUUUUUCUAAUAAAAUAAUACCAGAAAUUAUUAAUAAUAAAGAUGAACAAAAAAUAGAUUCUGAUAUUGAAAUAAAAGAAAAUAAUGAAGGAAAUAAAGAUUCAGAAUCAAUUAAUUUACUUAAAGAAGAAUUAAACGCUUUAAAUGAAGAAAAUCCUUCCUCAGAAAGCAUUAAAAUAUCUGAACCAGAAAAUAUUCAAUCACCAAAAUCUUCUAAUAAUUCUUUUGAAGAAAAUUUAAUAAUAAAAGAAGAUGGAAAGGAGGAAAAAGAAGAAUCUGAUGAUAAUGUUUCUUUACGUUCAGAUACUACAUACACCAUGGAAUCGGCAAAUCAACAUUUAGAUGUUAACGAAGAACAAAUAAAUGAGGAAUUAAACGAUAAAAAAGAAUUAUUAAAAGAGAAUAUUUCUGAAGAAUCUCUUUUGGGUGUAUUACCUCCAAUUCCAGCACAGAGAAAGGUAAAUGUGUUUAAUAUUGGAACUAGAAUGAAAAGAUCUCUCUAA